CUCUGGCUAUUUUUCUCGCCUCCUGCCUGUACUUCGCCUAUGCAAGCAGGUGGGCGGAGGACGCAGCAGGAGCAGCAGAGCGCAGGAUCCGAGCAGCCCCAGCCUGGCACGGAUGCCCUGCAACUUCCCCGGAUAAAACCCUGUUUUCCCCCCUCCUCUCUCUCUCUCCUUUCCCCCCUUUGCUGCUGGGGGCGUAGGAUGGACUUCAACAUGAAGAAAUUGGCCUCUGAUGCCGGCGUCUUCUUCACCAGGGCCGUCCAGUUCACAGAGGAGAAGCUAGGCCAGGCGGAGAAAACCGAAUUAGACGCGCACUUUGAGAACCUUCUGACCCGAGCCGACAGCACCAAGAACUGGACAGAGAAGAUCUUGCGUCAGACCGAGGUCCUGCUGCAGCCAAAUCCGAGUGCCAGAGUUGAAGAGUUCCUCUAUGAAAAGCUAGACCGGAAGGUCCCGUCUCGAGUCACCAACGGGGAACUGUUGGCGCAGUACAUGAUAGAGGCCGCCAACGACUUUGGCGCGGGAUCUCCGUACGGGAAAACCCUCAUUAAAGUGGGAGAAACUGAGCGGCGUUUGGGAGGCGCCGAAAGGGACUUCAUCCACUCUGCCUCCAUCAACUUCCUGAGUCCUCUGCGAAACUUCCUGGAAGGGGACUGGAGAACAAUUUCGAAGGAGAGACGGAUUUUGGAGAACCGCCGCUUGGAUCUCGACGUUUGCAAAGCCAGGCUGAAGAAAGCCAAGGCGGCCGAAGCCAAAGCCGCGGCUGUGCCUGACUUUAACGAGACUAGACCACGUAAUUACAUUCUCUCCGCCAGCGCAUCAGCGCUUUGGAGUGACGAGGUGGAAAAAGCCGAACACGACCUCCGGCUGGCUCAGACGGAAUUUGACCGGCAAGCAGAAGUGACUCGCCUCCUCCUGGAAGGGAUCAGUAGCACGCAUGUCAAUCAUCUCCGCUGCCUCCAUGAGUUUGCGGAAGCUCAGGCCACGUAUUAUGCGCAAUGCUACCAGUACAUGGUGGAUCUGCAGAAACAGCUGGGCAGCUCCAGAGGAGAAAUGCUUCCUGGAACGUUUGUGGGCAAUGCGGAGUCCACAUCGCCUCCACCCAUCACUGGUUCUCCCACUGCUGCCGCCGCCGCCCCGGGUCCAGCAGUGCCCGUCAUCCCAGUGGUGCCCACAAUCGUGGGCGCGCCCAACUCUGCCCCAGCGGUCGAAGCCCUGAACCCCGGUGAUGUGAAGCCCACUGCCAGUGGCACACGGAAGGCCCGAGUGCUGUAUGACUACGAAGCAGCCGACAGCAACGAGCUGUCCCUGUUUUCGGAUGAGAUGAUCACCGUGUACAGUCUCCCAGGGAUGGACCCGGACUGGCUCAUAGGCGAGAGAGGCAAUAAGAAAGGCAAGGUCCCGGUCACCUACUUAGAACUGCUUAGUUAAGCGCGCCUGAGAAGGAAUUCUCCAAGCAAGUCACGCCCCUUCCUGCGUCCUGACCAAUUCCCCCACCCCCACCCCCACCGAAAGGCUGACGACUGCUUCAUCCGAGACCAUUUGCUCUCUCCAGGGUCAGGUUUUUUCUCACUUAAUGUUUGGGUUAAGGCACAGAGUGGACUCGGAAGCCGUGGGCGGCCGGUUUGGUUAGUGGCGUUGCGCUCUUCCACUUUCCCAAGGCUUCCGGGAUUGAACCCAUCCAUCAUCCACCCAGUCGGGUUUGAGAGCUGGUGAUAACUGGGACAGGGAAUCCUGUUCGUCUAUAAUAAGCCCUUUGGGGUUGGCUAACGGUUGCAACCACAACCUCGCCCCCCUCCCCGCCUUUUCUCACUUCCUCUGCCACGGCUAUUCGUUUCGGUUCCAACCAAAUGAACUUCAACUAGAAUCCAGCUAACUCUGGCCGUGCCUUGGUUUCCUGCCCUUCGUUUCUCGAACCGUCUUGGCAUCUCUAUUUUUUCAGUCCAGCGUCUAGUCAUCUUCUACAUUCCAGAGUUGAGAGGGCAGGAUGGAGGGGAAACCGGUUUAUUUGUAGACUGAAGCCAAAUCCUUAAUACAAACGUGUUAACGAGCUGGGCGCCGACGUGGGCAAAAGACACAAGUUUUAGAACUCCGUCUGAGUAUUUAGAGCUUUUUGGAAGGGAAAAUCCACACUCCCUCUAUUCUUUAGGUCAGGGGUGGGCAACUUGGGACUCUCCGGACAUUUUGGCCUACAACUCCCAUCAGCCCUAGUCAGGGAUGAUGGGCGUUGUAGGUCAAAACACCCGGCAGGCUGCAAAUGGCCCAAUCCCUGCCAACGCUUCCGAUUUGGGGAAACUCCAAAGUGAGGCACACGCCAGACGAUUGCGGCGUGAAUUAAACCAGCCAGAAACAGAAAAUACUAAUUUGUUGGGGCUGGAUUAGCUAUUUGAAAGCCCUGUGCUGUGAUAACAUGGAUUUUCCUCGCAUUGCUAAGUUCACACCACCCCUUUGAAAGAGAACCUUCUGCCUUUUCAAUAACCUACAUGCAUUCAGCCCCCUCACCGGUUUACUGACCAGGCUGGACAUGGGGAAUGGUACAGUAGAUCACGGUUCAAUUCCGUUUCUUGGGUCGCCUCUCCUCCUCCUGGACAGUGUAAUUCCAUGCUCGCAAGCCCUCCCCUGGGCUGCUUGUCUGGUCCCGCUUUGCUUGUGACGGGAACUCUUGGGAGUCGUGUGAAAUGCAUUAAACAGCGGCAGCCCCUCCUCACCUCCGCUUCUCACUUGGCUCAGGGGUUGAGUAAGCCAUAUUUCUUUCUCUGGGUGGAAGGGGAAGACGCAGUCUGCAAAUGUACCUUUUAGGGCAAGACCUUAGUGCAGAUCAAGCCCCUCCGUGGGGGUCUCCGUCAGCUGCUAUUCGAGACAGCGGCCGUGGGAGACACGCCGCUCGGGUGUCUUUAGUUUCCAACUUCCUCUUGAGCGGUUUCUUUUUUUGUGGUUUAUCACAACGUGAAAGAUUCCUCAGCGCACGGCUGACGUUUGCCAAUAAAGCACCUAGCCUGCCCCUUCUGUUUUGCUCUUCUUUUAGGGGCUUCAUUUCUCCCCUUUCCAUCGUUUACUUAGGGGCUCAGAGCAGUUCCAGGCAAUGCUCACGCCCCAACGCUUAAAUGUACGGGAGAAUGGGUCUCCUCCGUCUUUAAAGAGGUAGGUGGAUUUUUGACAUCCAGUAACCCCCCCCCACACACACACACACACUCUAUAUAUCGGUGAACGGGAGGUAGCGUCCUGGGCAUCUUGAUUUUUAAAAACACUUCCGAGGGAUGACGUUGAACUCCCGAUAAGUUAGGCUGGUUGGUACUGAGGGAUGAAGGAAUAAAUCUCACCUCCUGAGAGAUCCAGACUGAACAUCCCAGCCACCCCCGUGCCUGUUAAACGCAGGACUCCACAGCACCAUUUCCAGCCCUCCAGGCGUUUGGGCCUGUGAUUCCCAUCAACCCCAAGCCGGCACGGCCAAUGGUGUGGGGGCGAUGGGAAUGGUUAGUGAAACAGCCUGCUUGCUCGUGCCGCAGUUGUUCUCGUCUGAAUGCUAAUCUCUUGCAUGUUUUUCCCUUGGGUUUGGGUUCCACCAAAAGCCCCCACCCUGUUCGUUUGCUGUGUUGCUCCGUCUGGCAACACUGGGCCACGUCAAGAGCGCUCACUGCACACCCAAGCUGCCAGAGUACAUGUCCUUGUGCGCUGUGCCCUCGGACAGCUGGCAACGCCUGUUGAUCCUUUCUUUUGAGCUUUAUUUUUGUAUUUCUGCAAAGGUUCUGCUGUUUUCUUUCCUUCAAUUUGCUGUGAGUUCCUUUAAAAGUUUUGGAUGGGGAGCACCGUGUAAACGGAAAGGUCCAAUACUCUUGUUUCUGCUACCUUUGACUAAUAAACUUAUACCUGCAACUCA